AUGGCAAUUGAAAUCACCCCCAUUGCCAAGCCCCCCGGCUCUACUGUCAAGAUGGGAGCCACGAUUACAGGCGUGGAUCUGAAUAACUUGGACGACGAGAGCUUCGAAAUCAUUCGCAAUGCCAUCUACACUCACCAAGUGGUCAUUGUCAAGGGCCAGGGUGCCAUGAAGCCAAUCAGCCAGUUUGACUUUGUCCAGCGCCUCGACCCUGACGCGUCCCCUACGCAUGGCUUCCUGACGGACGACGUGAAGGACGACACUGUUGGCGUUCUGGGAUCUAAAUUCAAUGUUGUCCCAGACUCCAAGGGAGUUACCCUUGUAGCUCGCGGUUAUAUCGAUGAUGAUGGACAUGGAACCAAAGAUAUCACCCUAGGAAAUAAGAGGUACGACUUGCACGUGGAGCCAUUGCCUGAGGAGGAACUUGAGAAAGGUCAUACCCGAUUUCAUUCCUUCCACUUUGAUGGGGUGAUCUAUGGUGCUUACCCAUCUCGUGUUACCACCCUGCGCUGUGUUAGGGCACCAAGGGGGCCAGAUAUCACAAUCAACUGGGAUGACGGGAGUGGCCAGUCUGUUACGUCGAAGCCGGGCUUGACUGCCUUUAUUGAUUCUGCACAGCUUUAUGAGCUGCUGACCCCGGAAGAAAAGACUCUUGCAGAUAACAGCACAUGGGCGCCAGCUCCCCAGCCGUAUGUUUGGACAGGAACCCGAAAGCUCCGGAACUCGGGCCUUGGAAUGGCGCCCGGAGGAACCACCGUCCCCCUACAAGAGCUUCCCUCCUGGGUCCCUGAGAAGGUUUACAGAUUCCCUAUGGUCUGGGUGAACCCAGUAACGGGAGUGAAGUGCUUCCAGAUCAUGCCUGAUGUCGUGCACAAGCUCUACCUCAAGACUGACGCGAGGGCGCCUGAGCGGGUUGUUGAAGAUGGCCAAGAGAUUCACAGUUGGCUCAAUAAUAUUCUGGACAGAAUCUGCAAGCCAGAGAGCAUCAUUAUUCCCGAGUAUAACGAGGGCGAUGUCGUCAUGUUUAACAACUGGGGAGUCCUACACAGUUCGAUUGAUUUCCCUCCAAGCUACGGCACCAGAAUCAUGCACCAAUGCCACAUUUCGUCGUCAACGCUCCCAGUUGGCCCAACUGCUGUGCAUUAA